UACACUUCACCUCAGACGGUAGUAAGAGCUUGUGACCAGAGAUUACAUGCAGAACAGGGGAUUUAACAGUUUCGUUAGUUUAAAGUAUUGCAUGUAUUCAUAGCAAAUUUUUUUGCAAAGUAGUACUUUUACAACAUAGCAUAAAAUUGAAGGAUUACCUUGUGAUCUACUUACAACGCUCGACUGUUGCCACUCAAGUAAGUGAAGACACUGGUUAGGUUAUCGCUAUGGCUCUACGCUUGGCGUCUCCAGGCGGUUUGCUGUCGGAUGAGGAAGAAGGUGGAGCCGCGGUUUUUGAGUCCACGGCGGCGGAUGUCGGGGGCCUGAUGGGAACGCGUUUUCGUGGUGCAACCAUGCCAGAGAUUUCGCUCAUCUCCCCAAGCCUGGAACCACAGACGCCUCAACGAGAGCAGACCAAAUCUGGCACUGAAAGGCGUGGCAGUGCUGAGGAAGACUCCGGCUCAGAGAGGGUGAAGGUGUACCUGCGCAUCCGUCCGCUGACUGAGACGGAGAAGGACAAGGGAGAACAGCAGGGCUGCGUGUUCGCUCAGGACGAGGAGACCCUGAUACUCCGGGCCCCCAAGAACUCCUACAACAUGAAGAGCUCUGAGAGAGGGGUGGCCCCCAACGUGCACAAGUUCACCUUCUCCCAGAUCUCCGGGCCCGAGACGAGCCAGCAGGAGUUUUACGAGCGCAGCAUGAAGGAGAUGGUGCGUGACGUGCUCCGGGGGGAGAACCGUCUGCUCUACACGUACGGAGUCACCAACUCCGGCAAAACCUACACCGUCCAGGGGACGGGGCGUGAGGCGGGGCUGCUCCCGCGGGCGCUGGUCUCCGUCUUCCAGAAGCUGCAGGGUCGUCUGCACGGGGCGCUGGACCUGAAGCCCGUUCUGUGCCAGGAGGUCCGCUGGCUGAACAGCAGCGAGGUCCGGGCCGAGGAGAUCCGCCGAGACCACCUGCUGAAGGAGGUGGAGAGCAGCGUCUCCCAGAAUUCCCGGCACCAGGUCAGCGUCAGCUGUGACAGCGGGAUCGGGGGCGUGUCCGCGACCAGCUACACAGCCAGUCAGAUGGAGGAUUCGGACAGCGUGUGUCUGGACGCAGACGGCCUGUACCACAGUGGAGGGGAGGGGCUGGAGGAUGGGAUGCGCUUCUCCGUGUGGGUGUCCUUCUUUGAGAUCUACAACGAGUUCCUGUACGACCUGCUGGAGGCUCCACCCUCCCUGCAGCACCGCAAGAGGACCACGCUGCGCCUGUGUGACGAUCGCCACGGAAACCCCUACGUUAGGGAUCUGACCUGGGUGCAGGUGCGCAGUGCUGAAGAGGCCUGGAAGAUCCUAAAGGUCGGCCGCCGCAACCAGAGCUUUGCCUGCACUCACCUGAACCACAACUCCAGCCGCAGUCACAGCAUUUUCUCAAUGCGGAUCCUGCACGUCCACCCCGAGAGUGAAUGCGGAAAGGGCACACGCAUCAGCGAGCUGUCGGUGUGUGACCUGGCAGGGUCUGAGCGCUGUAAGGACCAGCGCAGUGGAGAGCGCAUGAAGGAGGCCAACAACAUCAACACCUCCCUGCACACACUGGGGCGCUGCAUUACUGCACUCAGGAACAACCAGAGCAACAGGUCCCGGCCCCCCCAGGUGGUGCCGUUCCGGGACAGCAAGCUGACGCGGGUGCUGCAGGGCUUCUUCAGCGGGCGGGGCCGCUCCUGCAUGGUGGUCAACAUCAACCCCUGCGCCUCCACCUACGACGAGACGCUGCAGGCGCUCAAGUUCUCCGCCAUCGCCACCCAGCUGGUACACGGGCCGGCCACGAAGACGCGAGUGGCCUACAUCCUGUCCCUGCUGCGUGAGGCCGAGCCCAAACUCAACGACAGCUCGCUGAUCGAGGAGGAGGAGGAGAGCGAUGAGGAAGGAGAUAUCACCAUGUUCGACAGUGAGGCGCUGCUGCGGGCCAUUGAUGUGCUGAAAGGGGAGGUGCAGAGGCAGCGACAGCAGCAGGAGGAGGUGGAGGCGCGCGUGAGGGAGCAGGUGUGCAGCGAGAUGAUGGAGAUCAUCACCCGCAUGGAGACGGACUUCAGCGAGACGCUGGACACUCAGAGGGCGCUGAUGGACGAGAGGUACGAGAACAAGAUCGACAACCUUCAGAAGAGCCUGAAGAGGUACUACAUCCAGGAGCUGGAGGAGCGGGAUGAGCAGAUCGCUCAUCUGACGGCGCAGCUGAAGGAGAGGAGAGGGUCCCAGGACGUGGCCCCCGUCAGCCCGGCCCCGGCCCCGGCCCCGGCCGCGGCCCCGGAGGAACCCCCGAAGGAACCCCCGAAGCAGGAGGGGCUCCGCCGCUCCCGGAGGCUGGCCUCCUGCUCCACCCUGUCCCUGCCCCCGCCCGGGGAGCUCAGCCUGGUGCAGGGGGAGCUGGAGCGCUGCCGGGCUGAACUGCUGGAGAAGACGCAAGAGCUGAGGCGGUACCAGGGCCUGCUCUGCCUCCCGGCCCCCACCGGAGCACUCACCAACGCUGUGGACCGCAAGCUGGAGGAGGGACAGAGGGGCCUGAGGCAGCUGCGUGCUGACCUGCAGCGGGUGGGCAUGGGCCUGCAGGCUGCAGAGAGGGCUUGCUGCCGCAACACCGGCGGGGAGAGGCUGCGGCACGCCCUCAACAUGGCCGACGAAACGCUCGCCAAACAGGACCAGUCGCUGGUGGAGCUGCAGAACGGCCUGCUCCUGGUGAAGAUGGACCUCCGUAAGAAGACGGACAGCCUGGCCCAGCUGCAGACGCAGCGGGCCCCUGGGGCCCCUCCGACCCCGGGGUCCUGCAGGAAGAGGGGCUGCGAGGGAGCGGGGCCCAACGCCGAGAACCUGCACCCAGAAAAACGGCCCUUCUUCCGCUCCCUGUUCCCCGCACGCACCCCGUCCAAGAAGGUCCCAGCCACACUCGCCCCUUCCUCCCCGAACACGCCCUACGCCCGCGUCCUGAGGUCCCGGCAGCAGACCCCCCUCGGCAGGGCCAACUACUGACACUGAGGGGGUGAAGGGUUCCCCCACCUCCUCCUGCAACUCCCUCAACCUGUGUCCCUGUCUGGGCACUGGGUUUUGGGUAUUGUCCAGACUGACUUGUGACUGCCGUCAUUGGAUCAAGUCAAGAUGUCCCAUCAAGUUUUUUUUCUUUUUUUUAUAUAAAGUUAAAACGAUGGCUGAAAACAUUGGGUGAAAAAAAUGCUUGGGAUUGAAAUGAGUGACUCUUUCCUUUGCUUUUUGUUGGGAGUGGAAAGAAACCGUUGUUCGUCCCGCCAACACUGAGCUUGUGUCCAGGCCACGGGAGUGUUUUCACAUUGGGAGAGGCUGCACAAGCAUUUUUAGUGAGAUUUCACUGUCCUUUCAUAGCUUCGUGUAAAUAUGUACCCUUUUCUGUGUGUCUUGUUCUGUCUCCAUGUUAACCUUUUAAAUCUUAUGCAAAACAAAUCUUGUGCACACACUACCAUGUAUAUCCAAAAAUCUUGUUUUUCUAGGGAACUUUUAUACUUUUGUGGAAAACUUGCUACUUCCAAUUUUUUGUGAGCUGUGCAUGAACAUCUAUAAAUCCUACUUGUAUUCAGUUCAAAUUGUGGGAAUUCGCCAAGCAAUAAUUUAAUCAGUUGGCAGAAUUAAGGUUUGAAUUGACCCGUUUGCAAUAAAUGGUUAAAACUAGCAUCUGUGGCAGGUUUCCUUCAAUGAGAUGAUAAAGAUGGUGAACCAUUGGCCUCUACCAUUCAGAAGGACACCAUAAAUACUCAUUACUAUAGACAGCCGGGUGUGUAUUCAGAAAUAAUAAAGAAUAAUGGGUGGAAGCGAGGCUUGCCAUCGAGAGAUUUGAAUUGAUUUUGCACCCCGUAACCCCGACAACAUUCCCCACUCUGCACCGAUUGGCUCUUUUCAGACAGUCGCUGAUGGAACCCAGCUGUUCAGCUUUAGGCACCAACUGUUCCUCAGGAGUGAUUGGACUGAAAUUACAGGCACUCUGAACAGGUCAGUGGCCUGAAGAAAUACUUUAUUUUUAUAUGAAGAUAUCAACAUUUAAAAAAAUAAAAAGCAAUAACGUUUUAUACAGCAAUUCAGCAAGUAUUUUACUUUUUACUGUUUUUUGGGGUAAGCUUGCAUGUAAUUUGGGAGAUGACAGUGCAGUUAAAUGAAUGCAGAUAUAAAGCAAUUUCACUUUAA